AUGAAUCAAUUAAUAGGAUUGGAUUAUAUAUCCUAACAUUCCUCAAGAGUAAAGGAGAGAUAGAUUAGAAGCUAUACAAUUAAUAUAAGAUCACACUAAAGCCCUAAAAAUUCAUAAGAAAAAAGACUUUCAACAAUUAUUUAACCUCCUAAUAGUUUCAGAUAAAUAAAUUCUGAUUUGAAAAAUUACAAUCACAAUUGCUUUUAAAAAAGUACAUAGACUAAUAAGUAGCUGAGAAUAUAACAUAAAAAAUAUUAUUAAUAAUAAUAUUAUGAUAAAACUUCUAAAUAAAUAUUAGAUUAAUAACAAAAAGUAUAUAGACCAUUUAUUGAUAUUUCCUAAAUAACAUAAAUUUCAUAACCCUUACCAAUUAUCAUUUACAAAAAAAAUGAACUAAUUAAAUUUAAAUCUCAAAGACCUUAAUUUACUUUAAACUGA